GACCAGGUGGUGGUGGGAAUUUAGGCCGGGUGGUUGUAGUAGAUGAGACCGAGUCGUGCUGGGAGUUUAGACUGGAUGUUGGUGGCAGUUUAGACCAGUUUUUGGAGGGAGUUUAGACCAGGUUGUGAGGGAGUUUAGACCGGGUGGUGGUGGGAGUUUAGACCGGGUGGUGGAGUGACUUUAGACCAGGUGGUAGUGGGAAUUUAGACCGUGUCGUGGUGGGUGUUUAGACCGGUUGGUGGUGGGAAUUUAGUCUGGGUGGUGGUAGAAGUUUAGACCGGGUGGUGGUAGUAGAUAAGAGCGGAUGGUGGUGGGAGUAUAGACCAGGUGACUGGGUGGUGGUGGGAGUUUAGACUGGAUGGUGGUGGGAGUUCAUACCGUGUGGUCGUGGGUGUUUAGACGGGCUGGUUGUGGGAGUUUAGACUAUGUGGUGGUGGGAGUUUAGACGUGGUGGUGGUGGGAGUUUUGACCUGGUAUUGGUGGGAGUUUUUUUUUGGAUGGUGAAAGGAGCUAAGAUUGGGUGGCUGCUAUACCUCCUGCCAGUCAAACCACCAUAGCGUCGUCAAAUCUUCAUGGAAGUUCAUGAUUAACCUUGCUGCAGACAAACGACAGCAACGCACCCGAGAUCACCGUUUCAGCUAGCGAGCAGAUCGUUAUCAAUAUUUGAAGCCGUCUGACGGAAAUCCGACUGUGCUCUCAAUCUCAUUUUAGGCACAUUUGAGCCUAUUGUGAUUAUAACAAGUGGUAUCAGAGCCCCUUGGAGCCGUCUCGACCAUGCCUAGACCUGAGGAAGGGGGUGGCAGAGGUGCUGGAGGCAGAGAAGACGCCCAAGCACAAGGUCAACACCAAGAUCCACCCGUUGCUCCGGUGCAACCUAGCCUUGGACCCUCUAGGGAUGAGCCUAGAGUGUUUGGCCUUGACAAGUUCAACGGUGACAACUAUGCUGUGUGGUCCUUCAAGAUGGAGAACAUCUUUGACCACUAUGAUCUGCUGGAGGUGAUGGAAGGAACGGAGAACCGCCCCGAGAACGACCCGGAGAAGAGCCCGUGGGUGCGGAAGUGCGCACAAGGCUACCUUCUACUUGGGCAAGCGUUGGGGAGCAGCCAAAUCCAUCACAUCAGUCAUUUUCAGCGUGAACCAGCAAAGGGACCAAAGGCAUGGGCUGCUCUCAAGGGUGUACACGCUCCUGCAACAGCGGCGGUGGCUGUGGUUUUGGAGCGGCAAAUGGCGGCACUUCGAAUUGACGAAGGCGAACCGGUGGAGGAAGGAGUGUAGAAAUUCCUAAUUUUUUCAUGCGUGGUUAGUGUAUGGGCUCAAGAGCAUGCUGGCCUGUGCUCGGAUGCAAAACCCAGGUGUGUGGGAAGUUAUGGUAUCUCAAGCGUUUUCGCAUGUCCAAGUUCUUGAGUGGUACCCCACGAAACAACAACCUGUUUUUUCAUUUAGGAUC